GUAGUACCGCCGCCAACAGUAGACGCGUCUACCGCUCAGUCUGUCGCUAUUCAACAUCCUCUGGUUAAUGGAUUAUACAGUUUCCCUCCAAGUACAACAUCAGCUGGCUGUGUUCCCGACACACUUCUAUCAGGGCUACAGUGUGGAGUUACAGAUGAAGUCAACAGAGGUGGACCAAGGGCUUUUCACAGACAGCUACUGCAAAGUGUGCAGCGCUCAGCUCAUCUCCGAGUCCCAGAGGGUUGCCCAUUAUGAGAGUCGGAAACAUGCCAACAAAGUGCGGCUGUAUUACAUGCUACAUCCUGUGGAUGGAGGCUGCCCUGCCAAGAAGCUCCGAACAGACAAUGGCAGCGACAAGGGUGACGUGGACAAGAAUAAGUGCUGCACGCUGUGUAACAUGUCCUUCACCUCAGCAGUGGUGGCACAGUCACACUACCAGGGUAAAAUCCACGCCAAGAGGCUAAAACUGCUACUGGGGGAGCAGCCUGCCAUCAUGUCCAAAGAGGCAUCCCCCAGUCCUGUAAAGAGCUCCCCAGAAACGUCUCCCAUGACCUCCCCGCGACAGCGCAGAGACUCGGACCGUUACUGCCAGCUAUGCAACGCCUGGUUCAACAACCCAGGCAUGGCUCAGCAACAUUAUGAUGGCAAAAAGCACAAGAAGAACGCUGCCAGAGCGGACCUGCUGGAGCAGCUGGGAAAGACCCUGGACAUGGGAGAGAUGAAAGGUAUGGAGCGCUGCUGUUGGUGCUUGUGUGGGAACUGCCAGCCCAUGUCCUCAGCUGUGGAGAGUAUGUGCUGCAGGGAGGUGGAUGCCUUCUGGGCUCUGGUGGAGAAUCUGACCCCCAGACCAGACAUAACAUGCCUAACACUGCCCAUCAACCCUCAUGCCGCCUGCUCCCGUCUCAAACACGGAGGCCUCCGUCUCCGCGGAGCCCGCCCGCCCUCACACAUAGCCCCGAGCCGCCCUCGCACAUACCCCCGAGCCUCGGGUCUCCCUCUCCACGGAGAGAGAGACCCGAGGCUCGCGGCCCCGCACAUAACCCCGAGGCUUGGGUAUGUGCGAGGGCAGGCGGGCUCCGCCAGGAACAUAAUCCUCCUGUCCAAAAUGAGCACUGCACACGACCGUGUUUUUGGUCACAGAUGA